AUGAACAACAGCCAGGGAGCUGCGGAAGAUGGACCACCUACCGAAAUCACACCCCUUUUACAAUCUCAUCCUGGGAAAGAACGAUAUUCAGUUUUCAGUACCAGACAGAAGCGGUUGAUUAUUCUCACAGCAGCCAUAGCGUCGACGUUUUCCCCUAUCUCAGCUAACAUCUACUACCCAGCCCUCAAUUCUAUAGCUGCUGGCCUGGAUGUAUCCAGUUCCCAAAUCAACCUAACUAUAACUACAUAUAUGAUAUGUCAAGGCUUGGCUCCGACCCUCACAGGCCCGUUCGCAGACCAAGCUGGACGUCGCCCGGCCUACAUCCUCUGCUUUUUGAUUUAUAUAAUAAGCAACAUCGCCUUAGCCCUCCAACACAGCUAUCCUGCGCUCCUUGUCCUUCGCGCGAUUCAGAGCUCCGGUAGCAGCGGCACUGUGGCCUUGGCUUCAGCGGUCGCAGCCGAUGUCAUCACCUCCGCUGAACGGGGAACGUAUAUGAGCAUUACCUCCUUAGGAAACAUCCUUGCACCUUCACUAGGACCUGUCCUUGGUGGUGUCCUGAGCGAGUAUCUAGGAUGGCAGUCGAUAUUCUGGUUCCUAGCAAUGUCAUCUACCAUCUUCUUCAUACCUCUAGUGCUCUUAUUUCCAGAAACAUGUCGGACGAUCGUCGGAGACGGCUCAAUCCCGGCAUCGGGAUGGAACAAAUCCAUCCUUAACUGGUGGAUGUCUAAACGUCCCCACAGAAGGCCCGUUCUUAUUCCCUCUGCCAGCACAGAACCGGCCCCCCAACCACAACUGCCAAAAAGAAUGAUACACCCCCUAUCUACGCUCUCUCUUCUCUUCCACCUCCCCACGGGUCUUAUCAUCCUAUCAAACGGCCUGAUAUUCGCAAGCUACUACGCCAUAACAGCCGGCCUACCUUCCCAACUCAGAUCGAUCUACGGACUAAGUGACCUGAACAUCGGCCUAAGCUUUAUCCCAAUGGGUGCCGGCACCCUCCUAAGCGCAACAUUCAACGGGAUAAUCGUAGACUGGAACUACCGGCGCAUAGUAGCAAAGGACAGACAGGACAUAGAAAACUUCGAAGCCGAGAAAGCCAGACUAGGCGUUGGGGGACCGGUGGCUCCACCUACAACAUCCUAA